UGUAGGUAGUAAAGUACUUACGGUAAAAGAAACAAAAUUGUGCGCUUCCACACUAAAUUAAUGUGGAAGACGGCGAGGUUGGUGCCUUCCACUCACUCUUUUGAAAUUUUAAGAAAGUAUUUCUUGAAAACUAAACAUUUUGGAUCUAUAACGGAAAAUUUUAUUAUUUCAAUUAUCUUUAAGACAGCGACACUUCUGGGUAUAACGGAAGUAUUUGGUAGAGUACUUUAAAUAGAACACUGAAUAUUAUAAUUUGUUGGGUUUUUAAUACGGGGGGUUAAUUCCCGCUACACGUCACGGAAUAUUAUGGCCAAAAUAUGUGGUUUUCAAAAAGUGUUAUUUUUGGCAUAAUGCAAUUGCUUUUGGUUUAUAAAGAAUUUCAAUUUCAAUCAAAACAUUCGCAAAAGACCAUUAAAAAUUUUUUUUUAGUUUUUUACCAAUAUCUUGCCGACAUAUUAGUAUGCAAAUGAGCUUAGGCAACACGACCUUUGAUGCAAGAGGUGUCAGAUUAGGAGAUUUACUGUUGUGUCCAACAAAUGGAUCAAUUUUCAACUAUUUGGUAUUGUUGUGUGCGAAAAAUUCAAGGGUAUAAUACCUUCUUCAGCUUCUCUUUUAUAUUAAAAUUUUAUGUACUUAUGUAUAUGCACCUAGCUUAUCGUAUUUUAUCCAAGCAAAAAGAUUUAAACGACCAAAAAUUUUGCUUUAUUUAUAAUUUCCUUUCCCUAGGUGCUUAACCGUUUGUUUUUAAUACAUAUAUACUGCCCUGAUCGCCGUGCACAUGUUCACCGAUAUGAUAAUUCAGUGAGUUUUUGUUCCAUUUUAUGAAAAACUUUUUUUCUACUCGCUACUCUAAAAUACGCAUUUUAUGUUCGUCGUUUCUGUUCGAAAUAUAAUUGCAUGGAAGCAACUAAUCAACAAACGAAUUUUUCAUUUGAAUGAUUUAAACGUAAAUCCGGGGAUUUCGUGCACUGAUUGUGUUUGUGGUCUUUGUGGAUUAUGUUGAUCGGCGGUCUUCCGAACUUAACGGUGCCUCAGUUGUCUAGCACCGUUCCUCAGAUGGUUCCGUGUUACAACCAAAAUCAUGGUCAAAUGCCAAUGCAAACAACACACGGCAACCACAUGUGGUACGCCGGUGGUUACUAUCCGCACCAAGGCGCCCAGCUUCAAAACCAUCCAUACGGAAAUGUCGAAGCACCCCAAAGUCAUAUAUGGUAUAACCAUCAAUUGUACCACGAUUUUGUUCACGGAAUUCCUGCUUUACACCAGAGACAGCAGCAGGAACAGCAGCAGCAUAUGGGAAUUGCGAAGGAAGAACCGAACGACGAAGGAGGUGUGAAACAGUUCGAACAAUUUGAAGGGUUUAAUCAAACUGACGAAAACGGCGAUCAACCUUCGAAUACAGGUAAGAAGAAAUUUACGAGAACAAGAGACAAGUAUCGAAUGGUCUACACAGAAUUCCAAAGAAUGGAACUCGAAAAGGAAUUUAGUAUGAACAAUAGGUACAUCACGAUAGGGAGAAAAACGGAACUGGCGGCCAUCUUGGGCCUCACGGAGCGUCAAGUGAAAAUAUGGUUUCAGAAUAGAAGGGCAAAGGACAGAAAAUUAGCGAAAAAAUCUAACAUAACUGACAAUUCCGAGGGAACGUUUAAUUUUAAUAUGCCGCUGAUGGACAAAACCAACAACGAAUAUAACUCAAAUACAGGACCCAAUCUUAAUCGGGAACCAAUAGGAAAUUAUUCGAAUAAACCGUUCGAACCCUCAAUCGCCAAUGGAAAUGGACCGGGGGUAUCCCGAUGCGAUAAUUUCCUUCAUUUUGUACCAAAAAUCGAACCUAAUGAAAACAAUUAUAUUGACGAAAAGUUUACGAUGUAAACAAGUUUGACGGAAACUAGUUUGACAAACGCGACAAAUUGGGAUACAAGAUCAAUAGAAUUAAAGUGCCCGGUGUUCGUAUGCGUUUGGUUUUUGAUGUGGUUGUAUUAUUUUCGAAAAACAACAAAUUAUAAAAAAGUCAUUAGUUUAAAAAUCAGUUUAUUGACUAGUAGGUGCCGAUUGAAAAAAAAAUAUAUCAUAUAUUUCAUUUCCAAUUUCGAAAGAGUUGACUAACAGAAAUAUUUAUUAUUUAACUUAUUGCAAUACAGGGUGUUCGUUUUAAAGGUGCUCACUUAACAUGCGCUUACAGUAUUUAUAAACCAUUUUUGUUUCUGUAAUACAUGAUGAUAAACACCUAUAUGUGACUAUCUAUAGUCAAAUAUUGAAGGAACUGUUAAUUUGGUUUUUCGGGUUUUUAGUUUAUUUUUUAAAAGUAUAUAAAUGAUAUUUAAAAAUAUUCGGGAUUCAUCCUGAGUCGCAUGUUUAUAAAUCAAACUGUCUAUCGUUUCGCCAAUCAUCCUGUUGGCUUCUUCAGAGCUAAACUGAAACUGGUGAAAUUGAACAGGAUGAUUGGCGUAACGUCAACAACUUGGAUUUAUAAACAACUGACGAUAGAGUACAGUAGCCCGUCGAAAUUUCUUUGAAAAUUGAAAAGUAUAUAAAUGACUUAAAAUGACUCAAACAUGCUUUCUGAUGACAGGAGAAUAGCCGUCGUGAUAGUAUAUAGUCCAAUUAACUACCAAUAACUAUUGUUUUCUAAAAUGUAACUUUACAUAAAGAACAUGUCUAAUCAUUUAAAAAAAAAUUGUUUUUUUUUUAUGCGCCGAAGAAAAACAAUCCCGUAGCUAUGAUGGCUAUUGUAAAAAUCCAGGUCUGUAGAAAAAAAAAGGAACAAAGAUGCAAUAUUAAAGAGAGGAAAAAAUUACAAAAUUUUUCAAUUUGAACAUGACUCGAAAAUUAACGGUUCUUGAAAUAAUCGACUAAAUAGACAUAAGUGUUUUUCAAGUUUUUUCAAGAAGGAACCUUGAUUUGCGUAAAAUAAGUAAAACUAGUAAAAGUCAAAAUAUUGAAUUUUAAAUGUAAAUGUAAUGUAAUUUAGUGAUUAGAGGUAUUUUUAAUUUUUUUUUUUAAGAAACAAUUUUUAUAACUAAAAGCGUGCCAAUAUUUUAUUAUUCCAUGUGUAUCUGUGCGGUUCUCGGUUGCUGUUUUUUUUUGUAGAAUAAAACAAUCAAUUUUUAUAAAACUUAAUCAACUAUUUUAUUUUCGUGUAUGUAUUUUUCUUUGUCUCACAAAAAAUUGGCAUUUGUAAAAUAAAAUUUCAACUGGCGAUAUUGUAUAUUGGGGAUAGAAUACAAACAUGUACAAUGAAGUAAUGCAUCAUUGUUAAUAUACAAUAUUUAGCAUAGGUACAAUAUUAUGUGCAAUACUGUAGAAAUAAUACGGCUAAAGGAAUGUUUUAACAAAUAAAUCAACGAGAAAAUUCGCGACUUUUGCUAGAAAUACCAUACGUAAUCGUUUUAUAAUUAAAUAAUUAGGAGGGUCCGCAAUCUCAAAAAAAAUGAGAAGCUACCUAUCACUUUGUAAGGAUAAACUGAGUGAAAUAUAUAAUAUUGUACUAACUACACGGUACACGGCGUAAACCAUAGAACGAAAUCUACAAUGAAUUCGUUUAUAAUCUGGGGGUUCUUACAAGCAAAUUGAAUCAAAUCUAUUUUGAGGAACCAAGUUGCUGAUAAAUGACAAACCCAAAUUAUUUCCCUAUUUUAUUCCUAUAUGCCUAUGAAAUGAAUGAAUAAAUAAAGUUUCCUGCAGUUCAAAAGUUUGUCGAUUUAUACAAUAUUUAUUACUAUUUAAUUUUCCGCACUUAAAUCUAUUUCACAGCCGAAGGCACAUUUUUGGUUAAUCGGAUUCUGAUUAAUUGCAAUUAUAUAUAUUUUUAAAAUUAUUUUAAAUGCCAGAAGAGGUUAUAGGGAAAUAUAAACAAAAUCAUCUUUGUCUUUGACUUCGUUGUCCAAAGACAACCCCUUUGAGCCAUCCUGUAUACAAAUUUCCUUCGUAAGUACACAUGAUAACCGAUCAAGCGACAACCACUUAACUUACUAGCUCUACAAGUUUUUGAAAUAGUAAAAAAAGAGUAUCAUCAUAAUAGUAUAUUAUGCAACAAGUGCGGUAAACGGCAUUUAAUCCGAGAGUUUAUUUGGCACGAGCGUAGCGCAGCUGAGCUAGUGACUUAAAAAGUUUACCGAACGUGUUGCAUUCUAUACUUUUUCUACGACACGAAUACAUUCACUGACAUGAACGUCCGAUUGCUCCCAAACCCGUGCGGUAAAAUCUCGGAAAUGUCCGAAGUGGCUCGGAACCGUGAGAAACGAAACUGACGUGGUAAAGUGACCCUUCCCGCACGCUAGAUGGGUGUGUAAUCAGGUAUUUUACAGACGGGAUUAGAAAAUAGUAUAUUAUGCAACAAGUGCGGUAAACGGCAUUUGACUCAAUAGUUUUGGUUAGUUUUUGACACGAGCGGAGCGAUUUUUUAAUAAACGAGUGAGUUAAAAAGUUUACCGAACGUGUUGAAUACUAUACUUUUUCUACGACCGUUAGUUUUUGGGUACAUUUUCGCAAAACAACACGAAUUUACAAACGUCAAAAUUCAAAGCGUGGGGAAUAUAUGCUAGAUCGGUGGGUGACUAGGUAUUUUACAGACGGGAUUAGAAAAAUAUAAUAAUCACAUCGUUUAGUUCGUAUACAAAGCGAUUAUACCUAUUCAAAUAGACAAAAAGCUGACGUGAGGUAGGAACUUUUGGGAAAACGUU